CCAGCCACGGUGCCGCUUCGGUGCUUGUGGACCACGGUGCCCAUGGCCGAUGCCAGCUUUUGCCCAGGAUCCGGCACAGCCCCGAUGCCCGCGCCCAUCUGAGGGACGCUGCCUUGCUCUGGAGCCACCCGCCGAGGGGAGAGGCUGAGAGAUGGCCGAGGGGGAGAUCACUACCUUCGCCGCCCUGACCGAAAAGUUCAACCUUCCCCUGGGGAACUACAAGAAACCCAAACUCCUGUACUGCAGCAAUGGGGGCCACUUCCUACGGAUCCUCCCAGACGGCAAAGUGGAUGGGACCAGGGACCGAAGCGACCAGCACAUUCAACUCCAGCUAAGCGCGGAAAGCGUGGGAGAGGUGUAUAUAAAGAGCACCCAGUCUGGGCAGUACCUGGCGAUGGACACCAAUGGGCUGCUCUACGGCUCGCAGUUACUGGGUGAGGAGUGCCUGUUCCUUGAAAGGAUCGAAGAAAACCAUUACAACACAUAUGUCUCCAAAAAGCACGCAGAUAAGAACUGGUUUGUUGGUCUGAAGAAGAAUGGGAACAGCAAGCUGGGGCCGCGGACUCACUAUGGCCAGAAGGCGAUCCUCUUCCUUCCGCUGCCCGUCUCGGCCGACUAAGUCCCGUCCUGGGAGCUCAGAGAUGACCCAAACCCCAAAACCCAACCAUCGCCUCCUCCUUUUCCCUUGCUCUCUCUCUUUUUGGCUAGUACGACAGAGCCAAAUGUUAGAGCUCCGAGCUUUAGGUAAAGGCUUAACCAAAAAUAGACAAAGCAAAGCUCCUCCGCUCUGUGUGAAGCUUUGCAGAGAUGAGGGGAAAAGCCCCGACACCCCACCAAGGUCCACCAGUACCACCGCCUCCCCCUGCCCUCUGCGUCUGUCGGCAACGUGGGGCCGGCUCACGCGCGGCCACGCUGCAGCUCCCGGGGACACACAGACCUGCCGCAGGUAGGCCCCCAGAAACGUGGCCAAGGGCACCCCAAGGACACCCCGGAUAUGGGGGGAACACCCGGUCUUACUGUCCCCAGUCAUUCUAAGGCAAAACCUCCCUGGAUACGCUGUAUUAACACAUUUAUCCAUCUAAGUAUAUAGCUUCCAAUAUGCCCUUCAAGCAACUUCAGAUUGCACCAUCAGUCACGAGUGCCAGCCUGGUUAAAUGCUUGCAGAUAUCCUCAGCGUGUGAGGCUAGACUAGCAUCAGUCAAAAGCUCCAAGCCCAGACAUCUUAGCCUCCCUCACAACAGGAAUAUUGCUAUAUUUCGAGCUAGUACCUUGCAUAUGUUAUUUGUAUUUAUUUAUUACGUAAAACCUUAAACCACGGGAGCACCACGCUGACAUGCUCUACCCCGGCUCGUCCUCCCCCGUCCCCCUCGGGCGCUUGCAGACGCGUACGGUGACCGGGCACAAGCUGCACCGCGGGACAGGUCAGCCCAGGCACCACUGGGACAAAGCCUUGCUGAGUCAGCGCUUCUCUAAUCGCUUCUUCCUGAGUGGCACGUGCAUUUUACCAUGCAGUGAGUUUCCUCAUGUGUAGACUAGCCCAAAGCCUUUAACUAACCUUUUCUGGUGAUGUUGCAUUGAAAAGUAACUUGGGAAUAGGUUUAACUCCAUUGCACCCAUGUGACUUGUCACGGCCCGGCUGUGGCUGCGGGUGAGGUGUAUGUGGAGACCUGGCCAGGGGUGCCACGGUCGAUGGGACGGAUUUGGCAGCCGAGGAAGCAAAAGCGCAGGAGUCCUUUGCUUGCGCGAGGCUGGAGCUGCGGCAGUGCCGCGCAGCCCGUCCCCCGGCAUGGCGGGGGUGGGAGUGCUGCCGCAACUCACGUUUGGCUCUGUCCUCUUGUUGGUCUUGGACUGAGGUUUCGAGCUGUAAAUAAAAUAUGCUGGUACAGUGGCAGAACAAUAAAGUUUGAUUG